UGUGGAUCCUAUAUGUUUCUGUGAACUUUGGGAUGGAGUGGACGUAUGUUUUAUGAAGGUGACGUCAGUGGUGUGUCUCAUUAUUUUAUGUACAACUUCAGUCAGAUUUGAGCAUCGCAUCGAUUCAGGAUAAAGGCGUUACAAAAUAAUAUUAAACAAACAUGCACAUUUUGGUCCGUCGAUAUGAGCCUUCUGAUCAAGAAGCCAUUAAAAAUGAUUUAUAGAGAUGCAACUAAGGAACACAUCAACCCUGCAUUCCUACACGCCAUGACCCAGCCUCUUCAUAUCACUAUAGGUCUGUUUUUUUGCAUUGGUGCUUAUCUGCUCGGCGGGUCUGUUAUUUUGGCCAUAAUAUCUGGAGGAGCCUGGGUUGGCCUGGUUUACUUCUGCUGCUAUGAGUUUUACACUUCUUAUGUCCGGGAGAGACUGCGUACAGACAUGAAGGACAUUCCAGGUCACUAUCUCAGCAAUCCAGAUAACUGCUUCUGGGUCGCUGAAGCCGAGAUGGACAGUAAGCGUCAGAUUUUAGGUUUUGCGGCUGUGGAAGCCAAAGAUGACGGAGACGGAAAGAGAUAUGGAGAGCUUUUACGAAUGAGCGUGUUGUCCACCUGUCGCUGUGCUGGUCUCGGUCGACAGCUGACUAAAACCGCCGAAGACUUCUGCAAGGAACGUGGCUUCACAAAGAUCAUACUUUCAACCUCUUUAACUCAAAGAGCAGCCGUGGCAUUUUACUAUAAGAUUGGCUAUAAACUUGUCCUGGUUAAUACUCAAUCUGAGAGACCAAAGUGGUUGGUGUGGAUGACUCGACUCAAAAUUUUGUACAUGGAGAAGACCAUGUGAUCCUUAACUGCUGUUAUUACUGAGCUCAAUAGCAGAAAAUAUUUGUAACAAUAUGUUAUGUUUGGGGAUAUAAUAUGGAAAAAGUAUUUUAUAGCUACAGGGUACCUAUUGUAAUAUUAAGUGGUAUAUAACUUACGUUGAUGGGUAAUGUGGCCUACUGAUUUUUUGUUAUUAUUUUAUUUAGAUUUUAUUUUCAUAUUCGCUACCUAAAGAAAAGAAUAUUCUAUACAAUUCAUGUCUACGAACCAUAUUGGCAAAUAAAAUAUAACACUUCACUUUUAUUUCGGUAUGGAAUGUAUUAUACCUGCCCUAGCUGAGGCUCGAACCGACUUUGUAAGUAGGAGUACUAUGUAACUCUUACGUUUGUGGGCUGUAAAUGAAAGUGGUGCUUGUUACCCCCCUUGUUCUGUGUAUUUAACAUUUAUUCUUAAAACUUUAUUUUGUUUCAUGUUGAGUUUGUGCUCUUAUUUUGUAUUUUUGUAAUUUCCAAUUACUUGUUUUCUCAAACUUAGGUAGAUUGUUACUUAUAUAUGCAUGGCUGUAAUCAUAUCCCUUGAUUGUUUGUAAAAUUGAAGUAAUAAUAAAAACAGGUCAUUCUUACAGUUGCAGAUUGUAAACUGAAGUGGUGCUUUGAUCACCUCUUGUUAUAAAUUUAGUUAUAGGGUAAAUACCAUAAACAUACACAAUAUUGUAAUCUUUAUUUUAAAAACAACUUAUUUUAAAACAUCUUUACAACACUAUAUUUAAAAAGACAGUAAGAUGGUAAUUUUAAGCAUCCUAUCAUUGUUUAUAAGUCCUGGACAACAGGUUUAAAGUAAUUUUACUUUAUGCGGUCAAUUCCAAGAAGAGACCAAGACCUUUAAAAAUGGUCUUGAGACCAGUCACCACGGGGGUGGUGAUGGCGCAGUGGAUAAGACACACUUUUUAAAGGUCUUGGUCUUGUCUUGGAAUCGACCGCAUUUUUACUCUGUCUCGUCUCUGUAUUUCAAGACUACAACUGAUGGCACAUCACAAAUUUAUUUUAUCAUUAAUUUUAUGCAGUUUAUUCAGGUUUGGCAUAUGAUGUUGGCAUUGUUUAAGCAUUGUUUAAGUUUCUCACAAUGACAAUUUUUCUAAUUGUAUUACUAAAAACACCUGCAUUGUGUUAAGUGGAUGGCAAGCCAUGGAAAGACAGUUCAGAAUAAAUGGUUAAGUGGAUUUCAGCACUUUAGUGUUUGUUCA